CAGAGGAGCCAUGGCGGAUUUCGCAGUUGAUUUGCUGAAACUUACCCCAGCUAACGAGAGCAUGGUCAUGUCUCCAUUGUCUCUGAUCGCUGCAUUGGCUGUGCUUGAACGAGGAGCUAAUGGAAUUACAAAGAACGAAAUCACUGACGCCUUAAAAAGACAAUCCGAAAAUGACGUUUCUGAACUAUUAAAGAAGCUUGAUGCUGCAGAUGGUGUCGCAAUGGCAGUGGCUACUAAGCUUUUUCUAGCUCUGGGUAUGGAAAUUCGCCAAGAUUACAAUGACUCCAUCCAGAAAGAUUACAAAGUUGCUGCUGAACGUCUUGAUUUUAAAGACAAAGAUCGUACUAUUGAGAUAGUCAACAAUUUUGUGUCGGAAGCAACCCGGGAAAUGAUUCCAAAAUUGCUGGAAGACGACUAUUAUCGCCCAGAAACUCGUGCUUUUCUGAUAAAUGCCGUUUACUUCAAAGGACUGUGGUCGACGCCAUUCUCAUCCGAUUCGACUCGUGAGGAGACAUUUCACGGCAUAAAGGGCGAUCGGGAGGAAUCAUUCAUGAGCUAUCACAGGCUGCGAGGCUGUCGUUAUUACAAGGAAGACGAUGCGGAACUCUUGACACUACCAUAUAAGGACAAAGAAUAUGAAUUUGUUAUUUUCCUUCCCGCAGAAAGCAAAUUCGAGGGCUUCCGGGGCGGCCUAAGUGGCGAAAUCCUGAAAAAGUUGCAUAAAAAUGCAAGAAGAGACCGCGUUAAUGUGACCAUUCCAAAGUUCAAAAUCUCAUCUGAACCGCCAAUGAAGAAAAUGCUGCAACAACUUGGUAUCAGCCAGCUCUUUAGUGAGAAUUGUGAUCUGAAAGGUGUAUCCGACAAGGAAACUCUUUAUGUUGACGAUGUCAUACAUAAAGCUGUUGUCGAGGUAAAUGAAGAGGGCACAGAAGCUGCAGCAGUAACUGGAGCAACGAUGAUGCUGACAAGCAUGCCAAUGGAUGAACCCAUCGAUUUCCGCGCGGAUCGUCCAUUUGUUUAUGGAAUCUACUGUGGUGAAGAACCGAUCUUUAUAGGGCAAUACUGUUAACAAUAGCAAUUGUUUCAUGAUUUCUCAGAAUUUUUAUGGUAAUGAGAUCCAGUUUGUGCUUUGUUCGUUGCAGGCAAGAAUUCUUAGUUUGCAAUUUCGAUCAUUCGGAUUUUACAAGCCAGAAACAUUCUCAACUUUCACAGUUUGCAUAUCUUGAUAUACAUAUUGUGCAGAUUUGUAAGGUUCUAAAUUUCAUGGAGAUAUAACUUGAGUC